AUGCUGUUCUUGAAGCAAGAUAAACGAAUGAAAACGAUCAGACGAAAAGGAAAGGAGCAGUGUUUAAAGCGGUUACGCUACAGCCCAAACAGAAACCGCACUUCCGUGAUAAGAAGGCAUUUAACUGAGGCUUCCCGAGCUGAGGCUCCAGAGACGCUUGUUGGAUCUGCGGCCGCAAUGAGCACGCAAGGUUUGCACUGGUCAAAGACGAUGUCGUGGAAAUAGCAAAUAUGAAUCCGUUCGUUGAUCCUGAAUUUCAACCAAUUUUAACUAGAGAAGGCGUAUGCUUUUCAUUCAAUAUGAUGCCCGCCAAAUAUAUGUUCCGAGAGAAAACGUACCACGCUUCUAACGGAGACUUACAGUAUAGUGCCAAUGCAACUGUGCAAUGGGAUCCAACCACUGGAUAUGAAAAAGAUAUCAACUUGACAUUUGCGUAUCCACGGCCUGCUUUGGGAGUGGGAGACGAAUCAGGCCUCUCCAUGACGCUGAAAACGAAAUUGAAGUAUUUACAUUCCAUGUGCAACACUUUGGGACACGGAUUCCAGGUAAUUCUUCACAGCCCCAUCGAAUUCCCUCAGCUGCGCCACGAGACAGUGUUUGUCCCGCUCAACACCUUCUCGGAGAUCUUCCUGACGCCGCACGAGAUCCGCACCUCGCAGGACUUGCGAGACUCGUACACUCCGGAGCAGCGCCAGUGCUACUUCCACGACGAGCGCUAUCUCAAGUACUUCAAGUUCUACACGCAAAAGAACUGCGAGUUGGAGUGCCUCGCCAACAUCACGCUGGCGAGCUGUGGAUGCGUCGAAUUCUACAUGCCCAGAAUGCCGAACACAAUUGUGUGUGGGAAAGACGAAUUUUGUGCAAAGAGAGUUGCAGGAAAUUUUUACAUUACUGAAGAGCAGUCACCGAAGAGUGGAAAGAACUGCAAAAAGUGUCACAAAAUACAACAAACACCAUGUAAUUGUUUGCAGAGCUGCGCUCACAUUCGAUACAACAGUCAUCACAUUCAAUCUGUGUUGGAUCCUGAGACUGCGAAACAAAUACUUCAUAGCAAAGAGCUUGUGACAAACGAGCCAACAAAGAGAUCCCACGUAUCAAUUUUCUACAAAGAUUCUCUCUUUAUCCCUGUGCGGCGGGUGGAAGUUUUUGGUUUAUCUGACUUGUUGGCCAGUUUAGGCGGACUCAUGGGUCUAUGCAUGGGUAUUAGCCUCCUUAGUGUGAUCGAGUUGUUCUACUGGAUGUUGAUCCGGCCCUUCUGCCAACGCAUCAAGCAGACGAAUCCUCAACUCCGCAGCAUUAAGAAACAAAAUCGAACACAAAAUGUCGAAACUGCUGUUCAGUACUCUCGUUAUUUAGAAAACGAAGCUUCUAAACAAAAUAACCUUUGAGUGGUUUUUAUUAAGAGACACUUCGGUUUAAAAUGGGAAAUUUCAACGAAAAAUACUAUUUUCAAAUUUUGCAUCUAUAAAAAAUAAAAUCAACAGGGAGCCUACAAAAACGAAAUAACGUAUGGAAUAUUAGAGUUCUGAACAUAUUAAGGCGAAUAUACUGCGAAAAAUGGUGGUUUAAUACUUAAGUUAUAUUUUUUUUUUUGCAGCAUAUUGCGUCAUUCAGAAUGUUCCAGAUAAUAUAUGUUUUAGUAAUUCAUUGACAUUUCUAGGACUUAUUUAGAAAGAACUAUCAUGUAUUAUCAAGUAUCUCUUCGGUUUUUAUUUAAAUAAUUUAAUUUUUAUGUUAAAUGUUAUUCAGUCGAAAAGAGGCGAACUUAAAGAUUAUGAAUUUUUAUCAUUCAUCAGAAGUACUAUAAUUAAAAAUAUGUUUGUGCAAUAUAGGUUCGUUGAAUAAUUACUAUAAAAAAUCAGUCAAAUAUAACAAACGAUUAGAAGCGUCGAAUACUUUUAAUAAUUAUUAAAAUAAAAUAACAAAGCUUUUCAUUCAACUUCAAUUGUUGAAUGUAGAACUUCAUAAACAACUUCCAAUUUACAUAUUUGUGCCAUUUUGGAAUGAUUUGAAAUCAUAUUAAUUAUUUUCGAGGAAGUGACCCAUUAAAACCUACUAAAAGUUGGGGAUAUAUGAUAUUUUUUGGGAUCUAUGAAAACGUAUCAACCUCUAUACUGAAUAGCGAUUAGCGACAAAUGUGGAAAGAGGGGUCUGGGCGCUCAUCUUUCGUACAUUUAAAUUAUCGUAUCGUGUGGGCGACAAGUCCUUUUUCUCGAAAAGGCGUUUGGCGUUUCAUACUGACAAGUAGCCUGUUUUCUAAUUAAUUUUCCUAAUUGUAAAAUAUAGUGAAUCUUUCUGACUCAGGAAACAUGUCGGUAAAUCGCCUUUGAGGCAGUUUUACAUUUGCGUCACACUGAUUGCGGUAUCAUUAGACCACAUCCGGUCAACUCAGAGAGUGCGGAAGACUGGCACAUCCUGGUUGUACCUUCAAAACCAUGUUAAGAGCAUGCAUAGAUUACAACAAGCUUUACAUACAAGAAAUGUUAUACAUGUAGCAAAGUAAUACGUUCAGAGGAUACAUCGUGAUUUUAUUCAUUUAUAUAAAACGAAUACUUGUAAAACUGAAACGUGUCGAUACUUUACUAUUAAUUGUAUAAAUGUUUUAUUGUUAUAAAAAUUACAUGAUGAAUAAAUGUACCAAACAGACAACUC